ACUACGCAAUAAUUGUAAAGAACAUGAUGUUUUCCACAAAAUAUGUAGUCAAAGCUGCAAGGGUGGAGUUGCUGCUCGUUUUGUAGAUAGUAUAAAAGCGUUGGAAAUCGUAGCUCAGAUUAUCAAAUAUAGUUUACCAACCAAACUAUCAACAUGAAAUUCGCUGUAGCCGUAGUCUUGUUGGCUGUUGCCUUAGGAACUGAAGCAUCUGUAGUUGCGUGGGGUCCAUGGGGUCAUGGUGUCAGCGGAACCUGGGACGGACGUGCAUUGAGUUCAUCAUGGGAUCAUGGUGAUUGGUCUGGUCACGGCCCUUGGGAUGAUGGUCAAUGGCAUGAAGGUGCAUGGGGAGAUCACGGUGCCUGGGGUGGACAUGGUGCGUGGGGUGGUCCUGGUGCCUGGGUUGCUCCAGCUGCUGCUGCUGUUGUCCCAGCCGUUCAUGGUGCGUGGGGACAUGAAGGAAGUUAUGUAGCCAAAACUCGCGGUGCUGUUCAUGUUGCUCCAUUGGCUGGUCAUGCCAAUUCUGCUGCUUCCAUCAACGUUCACCCAGCUCCAGGAACAGUCUAAGUCAACAAUCAUGAAUAUGAUACUCAUGGGAACGUAACAACUGCUACAAAUCCUGCCAUUACAAAUACAAAUCUUAGAUUAAGAAACAAUGCAUUGUGAAAUAAAGAACAUUGAUGUAUUUA